GGAUGCCAGUGGCAAUCUUUCUUAUUCAUAUAACUCCCAAAAUGGAGCAACAUCCCUGAUUCACAAAAGGUUGUGCGACAAGAAGCCCUUCUAUACAGUCUGUAUCAACACCACUAUCCCAAAUAAGAGCCUUGUGGAACUUGGUAGUACGUGAGCACAUUGAUUUACAUAGUUUGAUGCUGAGUUCAUUUGCAUAGUUCCCAAUGGAUUAAAAAGUAUGCUGCUGAUCUGUUGCCAUCACACUUACGCGCUGCAUGAACUCAAGAACUUUGAUCAGUGCACCCGUACAGCAGUCUGCAAGAAUCUGGAAAUAUGCUUUCUUCCAAAAUCAUUGCGUUUCUGGUGGCCGCAAUUGACUGGGUUCUAGGUGGGCUCAUCUCCAACGGUUUUAUAGUUGCAGUGAUGGUCACUGAAUGGGCUCAAUGCAAGAGUCUUGCAACUUGUGAACAACUACUUCUCUCUCUGGGUACGUCCAAUAUCUUUGCCACUGCCUGUGAGAUUGCAGUCAUUACUAAUUUCUUCAUAACCAACUCAAGCAACGGCUUAGUGUUUCAAACAUUCUACUUCUUUGCAACCUUUGUCUCAUACACACGGUUUUGUUUCACUGCCUGGCUCUGCGUGUUCUAUUGCAUCAAGAUAGUGAACAGCACCCACACCUUCUUCCUUUGGUGCAAGCUGAGGAUAUCGCAGCUGCUGCCCUGGCUUCUUGUGGGAUCCCAAGUCUUUUCGUUUUUUGUUUCCUUGAUUACAAUCCCACAUAUUUCUUUUCAGCUCCAAAGCAACAUAGCAACCAACACUUCAAAUGUGACUCAAGGGAAGAAAGCAACCCAACCUCCCCAUUCUCUGCAAGCCUUUUUUUUAAUUACUGCUACUGGCUGUCCCCUUCUUGUGGUUUUAUUGUGCUCCAUUGUGAUUGUAGCCUCACUCUGCACACAUGUCUGCAAGAUGACAGGUAAAGGAGCCAGUCUUCGAAGCCUCCAAACAAAAGCUCAUAUCAGGGCAGCCAGGACAGUGCUCUCCCUCCUGAUCCUUUACAUUUCUUUUUACGUGGCACAUUCCAUAAUUGUACUUGAAAAUAUUGAAAGAAUCACCUCUGUUUAUUCAGUGUGUCUAGCAGUGAUCCUAAUGUACUCCCCAGCACAGGGUGCCAUCCUGCUGUUGGCUAAUCCCAAGCUCAAGCAGGCAGCUAUACAGAUGCUUCCAAAAACAUAG